AUGGAUGGUAGCAGCGUGUCUAAACCUAGGUUGGGCACCUUCUCCAUUGUACUCUGGAUCAGCGUCAUAGACGCUGCACUCGUAGGCCGGCAGGGCCACCUGAAACUGAGUGACUUUGGCCUCUGCACGGGUCUGAAGAAGGCCCACCGCACCGACUUCUAUAAGAAUCUCUCCCAGGCUGUGCCGAGCGAUUUCGGUAAGCGUUCCUUUUGUGUUAACUUUUCCGCCCUUGGUCGGCUCCUAAAUCAGCACUCGAAUGGCCAACUGGGCAUCUUUGCCACGUUCACGCACACAGAGCGAGAGAGAGCGAACGUAAAUCCUCUUAUUUAA